AUGGCUUCAUCUCUUUUCACAAGGACUGUCUUGGGUCAUCAUCGCCUUUUCCACUCUGCUUCACACUCACUCUGUCAAAAGCCCCAAAUUUUCUCUUCUCUGUUCAGUAGGGGAAUAGCACACUUACGAGCCGACCCUGCCUAUACAAAAUAUAAAGCAUCUGGUUGGGUUCCUCGUGCAAUGGCUUCGUCAGUAGCUGGGGCAAGAGCAGAGUUUACAACACAAUCUGUGUCUACAAAUGAGCCUGUUGUUUCCGUUGAUUGGCUCCAUGCUAACCUUAAGGAACCUGAUCUGAAGGUGUUGGAUGCCUCUUGGUACAUGCCUGAUGAGCAAAGGAAUCCAAUUCAAGAGUAUCAGGUUGCUCACAUUCCCGGUGCACUUUUCUUUGAUGUAGAUGGAAUAUCUGAUCGCACUACAAAAUUACCGCAUAUGUUACCAUCAGAGGAAGCCUUUGCUGCUGCUGUUUCUGCUCUUGGCAUUGAGAACAAAAAUGAUCUAGUGGUGUAUGAUGGGAAAGGGAUCUUUAGUGCAGCUCGUGUAUGGUGGAUGUUCCGAGUAUUUGGCCAUGACAGAGUCUGGGUUUUAGAUGGAGGCCUACCAAGAUGGCGUGCAUCUGGAUAUGAUGUUGAAUCUAGCGCGUCUGGUGAUGCAAUUUUAAAAGCUAGUGCUGCCAGUGAGGCAAUAGAGAAAGUAUACAAGGGACAAGCAGUUGGGCCAACUACAUUUCAGACUAAGUUUCAGCCACAUCUUGUCUGGACUAUUGAUCAGGUUAGAAAAAAUGUUGAAGAAAGAACUCAUGAACAUAUAGAUGCCCGAUCAAAGGCCAGGUUUGAUGGAACUGCAUUGGAGCCCCGGAAAGGGAUUAGAAGUGGUCAUGUACCUGGAAGCAAGUGUAUCCCUUUUCCUCAGUUGUUGGAUUCUUCAGAGACACUCUUACCAGCAGAUAAGUUGAAAAACAGAUUUGAUGAAGCAGGCAUCUCUUUGGAAAGCCCUAUUGUUACUUCAUGUGGAACUGGUGUAACUGCUUGCAUUCUUGCACUGGGUCUUCAUCGACUUGGUAAGCCUGAAGUAGCAGUCUAUGAUGGAUCUUGGACUGAAUGGGGAGCACACUCCGACACACCCAUCGACACUUCUUCGUAA